CGACAGUUCCUCCAUCUGUCUUUCCCCGCGCGCCCGCGGAAUCUCGGCUCGGACUGAUCUCUUGUUUUUUUUGGUAUUCAUUGUUUGCUUUGUGCAACGCGAUCCCUCCUACUGCUUUUGUAUUUGCGACCUUUUUCCCCGCCGCAGUUGCGGCUCCUUUAACGGCCAUGUCGCAAGACACAGGAUUGUUCAGCAUCAAGCGUCCCCGAGAGACGUUGGGGAGUGUCCAGAAUUAUACAUCCAUCCCGCAGCCGUCGUCAGCCCUGAAGCGCACCAGCUCGAUAGGUCUCCCUCCAUUCACUUCUCAGAAUAUGCGCUCCAUGUCGCUGGCAAAUUCCGGUCGUCCCCAGCAGCCAAACUUCCAGCGUUCCUCGUCUGGUGGCCUGGGCGCGGAGGCUGGCCUUUCAUCAGUCAGGCGCUCGGUGUCGAGCAAUAUGUUCCAUGGCGCCAGUGGUGGUCGUCCUAGCUAUGCUCCGGGGUCAUUUUCAUCCAACCCGGCGUCGCAGGGUCUGCAACGAAGAAGUAGCGUCUUUUCGCGGCCAUCUGGAGUGGGGGGAGGCGGCAUGAGCAUAGGAAUGGGCCAUCAAUCUUUCUUCACCCAAGUUCCCAACGUCGCCGGUGUCCCGAGAGAUCCACGACCUCUCCGAGAUCGAUCAUUCCAGGCCCGCAUUGGACAGGAGCUCCUGGAAUAUCUCACGCACAAUAACUUCGAGUUGGAGAUGAAGCAUUCCCUGGGUCAGAACACUCUGCGAUCACCAACGCAGAAGGACUUUAACUUCAUCUUUCAAUGGCUGUACCAUCGCAUCGACCCCGGAUACCGGUUCCAAAAAGCCAUGGAUGCUGAGGUACCACCGAUCUUAAAGCAGCUACGCUACCCCUAUGAGAAGGGGAUCACCAAAUCGCAAAUCGCCGCUGUUGGGGGUCAGAACUGGCCGACGUUCCUGGGGAUGCUACACUGGUUGAUGCAACUGGCCCAGAUGAUGGAUCGGUAUGUUAUGGGAGAGUACGACGAGGCGUGCGCCGAGAUGGGAGUGGAUAUAUCCGGAGAUCGGAUCAUCUUCCGCUUCCUCACUGGGGCAUACCAUGAUUGGCUACAAGGUGGGGAGGAGGAGGAGGAGGAUACUGCUGAGAAACGGCUGGCGCCUCACGUUGAAAGCAUGGCUCAGGAGUUCGAGCAGGGCAACGAGAAGUAUGUGCAAGAAAUGCAAACGCUCGAGGCGCACAAUCGAUCCCUACGCGACGAAGUCGAGGCGAUGGAGAAGUCGGCUCCGGACCUGGCCAAACUCGAUAAACUCUUCCGGGUUAUGGAGGGCGACCGAGGAAAGUUCGAGGAGUACAACCAGAACGUCCAGGGGAAGAUCGAAAAAUAUAACACUCGCAUCAACUUUUUGAACGACGAGCUGCAAAAGAGCGAAACCGAACUACAGGAGGCGGAGGAGGAACGGGCCAGCCUACAAUCUCGAGUCGAUCAGCAGGGGUUGACCAUCCAAGAUAUCGACCGGAUGAACUCCGAGCGAGAGCGGCUUCAGAAGAGUCUCGAGGACACGGCCGGCCGGUUGGAAGAGACGCACUCCCGUGUCAUGGCCAUCGAGGCCGAAGCCAGUCGGCGACUUGAGGACCUGGAGGAGGUCGUCAAGCUUUACAACACCCUGGGCUACCAGAACAGUCUGAUCCCCUCCUCUGCGGUCAACGCCAAGGGCGAUGAGUACGAACUCGAGCUCAACGUGAAUGAGAUGAACUUCUCAGCAUCGCAGAACGGUGGCGCGUUCAAUCGGAUCUCUCCGGAAGGGGACCGACUACUAGCGGAGCCGUACGUGGGCUAUCACCCUGCGCGCUUGUUGAACCUGGAUCUCCGGGGUGCGGUCCGCACCAACCUCCAAGGUCUUCGGAAAGAGAUCAACGAGCGCCGCGAACGGGGUAUCGAUGCGGACCUGGAACGACGGAAUCUCCUGGACAACAUCAAGGAGGCCAUGGACGAGAAGCGCAGCGAGGUCGAAGCUCUGGAGCACAAACGACGCGCGGCCGAAGAAGAGUUUGAGCGGACCAAGGAGAUUACGACGACGCAAAAGCUUGCAUCUGACGCCCAGAUUGAGAAGAUGGAGAAGGAGCUGGCCAAGAUGCGCGCUACGCUGAGCGAAAGCGUCCAGUUAAUGGAGCAACGCGAGAUGAAUACGAACAUUGAAUAUGAGCAGCUGACGCUUCGGGCCAAUACCCUCCGGGAGGAGCUCCACACGAACGUGGAGAGCAUGUUGAACGAUGUCAUUCGAUUCAAGGUACACGUCCAAAAGGGGUUGGAAGACUACGAGAGUUUCAUCGUGGACGAGGUCGAGCAAGAACUUGGUGGUGAGACGGUGCCCAAUGAAGAUGUGCCCAUGGAGGAGGCAGAGGAUGAGGAGGAGCUCUGAAGCCCAUCGGGGUUUCAUCUAUCAUUGUCAUGACUCACGACGGUUGUUAGGGAGUUUGGUUCAGGGUUUGGGUUUCUUUUUUUUUUUGUCUUUGGGGUCGUUUGUUGAUCUAGAUCCAAGUUGGCCACAUACAACUAGGUCUCAAGGCUCAAUUUGGGUCUAACCUACGGACUAGUGACAGUGUCUCUCUUGUUGCGGCGCU